CGACCGCGCUUUUAUAGUCGGGAUCGAGUAAUCAAGUCCUUUCUCAUCUCACGCGAGCUUUCCUUUUGUCAUUUUGUCGAAUACAUUCCCUGCAAAGCCCGCCCUAGGAGUAGGAGUGGUAACACAUAGACCCCAGUUUGACUCGACCAAACAAGACAAUGUCCUUGCGCCCUAGCACGAGGACGGAGGUAAGGAAGAAGGCCUACAAGAGCGGGGUGGACGCCGAGGAUGCGCGGAGGCGGAGAGAGGAUAAUCUGGUGGAGAUCAGGAAGAACAAGCGUGAGGAUAACUUACUCAAGAAGCGCCGCGAGGGACUUCUCCUCCAGUCCCAGCAGCAGGAUGCCUCACAAAAUGCCGCCGCCAUGGAGAAAAGGUUGGAAAGUAUUCCUAUGAUGGUUCAAGGAGUCUGGUCUGAUGAUCCUGCUUCGCAGCUGGAAGCAACCACUCAGUUUAGAAAGCUAUUGUCCAUUGAGCGCAGUCCUCCAAUUGAUGAAGUAAUUAAAGCAGGUGUUGUCCCUCGCUUUGUGGAGUUUCUUCAAAGGCUUGAUCUGCCUCAACUCCAAUUUGAGGCUGCUUGGGCAUUGACCAACGUUGCAUCUGGGACAUCAGAGCAUACACGAGUUGUAAUUGAACAUGGUGCUGUUCCCAUGUUUGUUCAGCUUCUUAGUUCUGCCAGUGAUGAUGUCAGAGAGCAGGCUGUAUGGGCUUUGGGCAAUGUUGCCGGUGACUCCCCAAGUUGUAGAGAUCUUGUUCUUGGUAAUGGUGCUCUCAUACCAUUAUUAGGUCAGUUAAAUGAACGCUCAAAACUAUCCAUGCUAAGGAAUGCAACCUGGACUUUGUCGAACUUUUGUCGUGGCAAGCCGCCCACACCUUUUGAACAGGUGAAGCCCGCAUUACCGAUUCUCCAGCAACUUAUUCACCUGAAUGAUGAGGAAGUUCUAACUGAUGCUUGCUGGGCCCUCUCUUAUCUUUCAGACGGUCCAAAUGACAAAAUUCAGGCAGUGAUUGAUUCAGGUGUUUGUCCACGGCUUGUGGAACUUCUGACUCAUCCAUCACCUACAGUUCUUAUUCCUGCCCUACGGACAGUGGGAAACAUUGUUACGGGUGAUGAUGCACAGACUCAGUUUAUAAUUGAUAACAAGGCGCUCCCUUGUCUUCACCAACUUCUCACACAAAAUCACAAGAAAAACAUAAAAAAAGAAGCUUGUUGGACAAUCUCAAACAUUACAGCUGGAAAUAGAGGUCAACUACAGGCAGUUAUUGAGGCUGGUAUCAUCCUUCCUCUAGUACAUCUUCUCCAACACGCAGAGUUUGACAUAAAAAAGGAGGCGGCAUGGGCCAUCUCAAAUGCUACUUCUGGAGGUUCUCAUGAGCAAAUACAAUUCCUAGUUAGCCAAGGUUGCAUUAAACCACUCUGUGAUCUUCUAAUCUGCCCGGACCCAAGGAUUGUGACAGUGUGCCUUGAGGGGUUGGAGAAUAUUCUCAAGGUAGGUGAGGCAGACAAGGAGAUGGGACUCAAUGAUGGAAUUAAUCUCUAUGCACAAAUGGUUGAUGAAAGUGACGGAUUGGAUAAGAUUGAAAAUCUGCAGAGCCAUGACAACAAUGAGAUUUACGAGAAGGCUGUUAAGAUCCUGGAGAAAUAUUGGGCGGAGGAAGAAGGGGAAGAACAGAAUCCCCAAGAUGGUGGGGAUGCAAAUCAGCAGGGUUUUGCAUUUGGAAAUAACCAGCCCAACCUACCCCCCGGUGGCUUCAACUUUGGCUGAAGUAGUAGCUUGUGUAUUUGUUUCCCAGCUUUGUAGCUUGAGUAUUUAUCUAUUCUUUUUGCCAUGGGUCAGUGUUUUUGUUCUGACAUGCGGGCUUUUAUUGGUUAUGGAAUUUGGUGAAGCGUUAUAGCUUUAUUUAUUUGUCUACAAAAUUGAGUGCCAAAGACUCAGAAUUGAAUUUUGUUUGAGUACGGUCAUAGGAAGCGUUUUUCUUCCUGGUGAUUAUUUUGAUGUCAAUUUUGAUUGCUGCCUGCAUAUUUAUUUA